AUGACAACAAUGCUACCAACCAUCACAGUUUGCCUUCUAGUUCUUGUCCAGGGCUGGUAUGUAGUGGAUGGUCAGUAUGUCAACGGCUUUGACGAGAACGCCAGAUUCGAAUGUCCGGCAAACAAGACCCUGAGCUUUAUCGGCAGCAUCCAUAGCAACCGCUAUAAGGACAGGAGAUGGCAGUAUAAAUGCAGACUUUCACCCGGUGCGACCAGCGACUGUUACUGGACAAACUAUCUCAACGCCUUUGAGCAACGGUUACAACACAACUGCCCCGGGGAUGAGGUGGUGAAUGGGAUGAUGAGCUACCACAGCGACCAAUACCAGGACCGCCGAUUCAUGCUCCGGUGCUGCAGAGUUGCCAGCAAAGCCACAAAGAACUGCUAUCAUACCGCAUUCGUCAACUACUGGGAGAAACCUGUGAACUUCAAUGUUCCCACUGGACGGGCCAUUAAAGGGGUUUACAGCAUCCAUAACAACCACAGGAAAGACAGGCGAUGGCAGUUCUAUGUGUGUCAUCUUGCCUGA